AUGACAGAGCUAUGCAAUGCAAGUGGAGAUAUAAUUGUAGAUCAAGUGUAUGAGACUGAGGAUAUAAAAACGAAGUUGGGUCUUGAUGCUAUGACGAAAAAUUAUGAGUUCAAAGUGAAGAGAUCCAAUAAAGAAAGAUUUGAAGUUAGUUGUGUUGAUGAUCGAUGCAUGUUGAAACUGCGUGCAUCCAAGUUACGAAAAUCCUCAUAUUUCAUGGUGAAAAAAUAUUUUACAAAACACUCGUGCUCAUUGGAUGCUAUCCAUCGCCAUCAUCGACAGGCAAGUAGUUCUCUUAUUGGCCAAUGCAUAAAAUCUAAGUACGAGAGUGUAUCACGAGUACAUAGACCCCAUGACAUCAUGGAGGAUAUGCGAAAGGACAUGGGUGUGAGUAUAAGUUAUGUGAAGGCUUGGAGAGCCAGGGAACAUGCACUGGAGUUGGUUAGGGGAUCGCCAGAGGAAUCUUAUGCGAUGCUUCCAUCAUAUUGUGCUAUGUUAGAAGCCAAAAAUCCUGGUACUAUAACUCAUAUUGAAACUGACAGUAAUAAUCAUUUUAUGUAUUUUUUCAUGUCACUUGGACCUUGCAUCAGAGGAUUUCGCACUGUUAUCAGGGCAGUAAUUGCACUUGACAGAACACUUUUAAAAGGUAAAUAUCAUGGGACAUUGUUUGUUGCCACAUGCAAGGACGGAAAUAACCAAACAUACCCUGUUGCAUUCGGAGUUGGAGAUUCAGAGAAUGAUGCAUCUUGGAAUUGGUUUUUGACAAAAUUACGAGGAGCUAUUAGGGAUAUUAAUGACUUAGUUUUCAUUUCUGAUAGACAUGAAAGCAGGGGCGGAACUAGGUAG